AAGGGCUUUUUAAUAUUUAGUUUUCAUUACAGGUGUUUGUGUCAUCACCAAAAAUUGAAGCCUUUCAGGUCGUGACUAUUCGUACCUCUUUAUGUCUCUUUCAUCCCAUAUUCUGUAAAGCCAUCAGCUCUAAGGCUUUUGGAAAGUCUACACCAGCACGAAAAUUUUUGGAAAGAGUCCAUCUCCACCAAGGCUUGUGGGAAGAGUCUGAGUGAGCUUCUUGGUUAGAUUUUUUUUUGUGAGCAGCAUCCUAAACCCUCAGCAACCAAGAUGGGGAGUGUCAAUGUAAAUCGUAGUCUUUCAGACCAAUUUUAUCGUUAUAAGAUGCCAAAAAUUAUUGCCAAGGUUGAAGGCAAAGGCAAUGGCAUCAAAACAGUAAUUGUGAAUAUGGUGGAAAUUGCCAAGGCUCUCAAUAGACCCCCAACUUAUCCUACAAAAUAUUUUGGAUGUGAACUUGGGGCUCAAACUCAGUUUGAUGUGAAGAAUGAACGUUAUAUUGUUAAUGGAUCCCAUGAAGCAGGAAAACUGCAAGAUAUCCUUGAUGGCUUCAUCCGUCGCUUUAUUUUGUGCCCAUCAUGUGACAAUCCAGAAACUAUUCUGGGUGUUCUUCAGAAGAAAGGUGUCAUCACCCUUAAGUGUAUUGCUUGUGGCUACAGUGGUACUUUGGAUUCUGCACACAAGUUAACAACUUUCAUUUUGAAGAACCCACCAAGCCAGAGUAUGGGAACAAGUGGAUCAUCAGUUAAAUCUGGUAAGAAAAGCAAAAGAAAAUCAAAAGAAGAUAAAUCUGGAAAAAGCCAAGAAAAUGGAGAAGAUGGGGACAGCCCUCAACAUGAUUCAGAUCCAGAUGUAAUUGAAAACCAAAAAGAUGGUACUAUAGAUGAUGCUGAUUGGAGUGUUGAUACUGAUGCACAUGCUGUUGCUGAGCGUAUGGAGUCUCUUACGUCUGCAGCCAAGGGUCUCAUGCUAAAUGAUGACUUGGAAAGAACUCAACAAGAACGAGUAGAUAUAUUGUAUGAAUACGUGAGGAAACAUAAGGAAGAUGGAACCCUAGACAGUGUCAACAAAGAUAUUCUGGCUGAAGCAGAACGAUUAGACAUAAAGGAUAAGGCUCCCUUGGUGUUUUGUGAAUUGCUCUUUGAUGAAAAUAUUAUCCAGCAGAUCAAGAUGCAUCGUAUUUUAUUUCUUAGAUUCACCCAUGAAAACCACAAGGCCCAAAAGUACUUAUUAGGAGGCGUGGAGCAGGUGGUGAAGCUACAUAAGGACACACUAAUGAACAAAGUUCCUUAUAUAUUGAAAGCUCUCUAUGACAAUGAUAUACUAGAGGAAGAAGUUUUAAUAGACUGGGCCAAGAAGGUUUCCAAGAAGUAUGUGAGUAAGGAAAUUGGAAAUGAAAUCCAUGAGAAAGCUAAACCAUUCAUCAAGUGGUUGCAAGAGGCUGAAGAAGAAGAAUCAUCUUCUGAUGAGGAGAGGGGUGAAGAAGAGUCAGUAGAGGUUGUUUAUUCAGAUGGUCUCAUCAGCACGACGCUUCAAGAGGUAAAAGAAAAACCCAAACCACCUAAAGUCAUUGAAGAGCCUGACACUGAUGACAUAGAUAUUGAUGAUAUCUGAGAUUCGAGUUAUUCCACCUUAAAUGUAUUCCAUGCAGAAUUCUGAGUUAGCAGCACAAAUCUUAUUAACAGUUUGUAUUCCGUUCUUGUUACCUAGCUAAGAUAUUUUUUAUUCUAUUAUUAUCUGAAAUAAUAUGGUAUUGUUGGUGUUGAUCCAUUAAAGAUUAACUCUAAAUUUUUUCCUCCUUGGAGAUAUUUGAUGAAAUUGUAACAUUGUAUAAGUGUAUCUUAGUACUGUCUGUUGUUAGCCUGUUGAGUUAUCUGAAAUAUACAAGUUCUAAGACGUAUCCAGAAAAUUGAGUUUGAAAUGAUGUUUAUUUUAGAAGUACAUAAAUUUUAUCGGUAGCUCUA